CCCGGACCCCAUGGGAUGUGCCCGCCGUCGCCUGGGUGUUGUAGGAUUUUGGCAGAGCUGGCCAUGAUGUUAUGGUUCGUGGUUGGUGCCCUCUUCCCAGCGCUGCUCCUGGCCGCACCACCCCCCAUAAACAAGCUCGCCCUCUUCCCGGACAAGAGCGCUUGGUGUGAGGCAAAGAACAUCACCCAGAUCGUGGGGCACAGCGGCUGCGAGUCCAAGUCCAUCCAGAACAGGGCCUGUCUGGGACAGUGUUUCAGCUACAGCGUCCCAAACACCUUCCCUCAGUCCACAGAGUCCCUGGUUCACUGCGACUCCUGCAUGCCAGCCCAAUCCAUGUGGGAAAUCGUGACACUGGACUGUCCAGGCAACGACGAGAUCCCCAGGGUUGACAAACUGGUGGAGAAGAUACUUCACUGUAGCUGCCAGGCUUGCGGGAAGGAGCCGAGCCACGAGGGAGCCCUGUUCAACGUCUACCUGAACGCGGAGGAGAACAUGCCCGCUGAAGGUCCCGGCCCCCAUCACUAUGCCCACCAUCAACAGGAGGUGGAAGAACCUCCUGCCUCCAGCCACCACCACCACGAGGAGGAGGGCGACGAGUGACCUGGCCCUUUUGCGGACUGUCCUUGCAGCCGACGGCGCGGGCAGGGGGUGUGUGCGAGGGAGAGGGCCGGGGUUUGGGGAGGGAGGGGGGCGGUGGAGUCUUUCCUGUCUAAUAGCUACCCUCACGCUUUGCUCUCCACGACACCCCGGGGCUGGAGGAACGUUUUGAGGCGCAAGCAGGGGCGGACGUGGGGCUGGAGCUGCAGGGCGAGAGAGGAGGGCUCGGCGUUUUCUGAUGCAAAACUACUUGCACAUAAUAGUAAUAAUAUAUUGAGAGGAGCGGGAACCGGGACGAGGGGGUUUUGGCUGCGAGCAAGAGCUGAGCUGGGCUUCCCAGGG